AUGGCAGCAUACACGACAUUCGAGGGAACACACAGGACGGAUGACGGCGUCGAGUUGUACACCAAAACAUGGAAGGUGUCGGGCGAUGCAGCCAAGGCACGCAUGCUGUUUGUACAUGGCUUCAGUGACCACUGCAACAACUAUCCCGUCUUCUUUGACCACCUCGCAAACCAGGGGAUUGAUAUUUAUGCCUUUGAUCAACGAGGAUGGGGCCGCUCCGUUCAUAACAAACAUGAGCGCGGCCUUACAGGCCCCACCACCCGCGUCCUCGCCGAUAUAACCAGCAUGCUACGGACUCUCCUCCCGACCCCUGUACCGCUCUUCCUGAUGGGCCACAGCAUGGGCGGUGCCGAAAUCCUCCACUACGCAUCCAGCGGCCCCUCCGAUAUCCUCGCCCAGAUCCGUGGCUUCAUCGCCAGCGCACCCCUCAUCAGUCUUCACUCUGACACCCGUCCAUUCAAAGCCACUGUAAUCGCCGGCCGCCUCGCUGGCCGAGUGCUGCCCAAAUUCCAACUAGUAAAUAAGCUAGAUCCCAAGUGGUUGAGCAGAGACCCCGAGCAGAACAAACUCUGGGAGCAGGACGAACUGUGUCAUGACACAGGAACCCUUGAGGGUCUAGCAGGAAUGCUGGACAGAGGACUUCAACUCGAGAACUUCAAGGUCUCGCCAAAAGAGAGUGCUGGAGAAGGUGGAAAGACUAGAUUGUUGGCGCUGCACGGAACGGGCGAUCAUGUGAAUGCUUAUGAAGCUACAAAGACCUAUGUGGAGCGCUGCACACAGCUGAGUGAUAGAGAGCUUAAGAGCUACGACGGUUGGUAUCAUAACAUGCAUGCCGAACCCGGUGAUGACAAGCUCAUGUUCGCCAAAUAUGUCUCUGAUUGGAUCUCUCAAAGGUUAGAACCCGAAGAGUCCAAAUCGAAGCUUUGA